GGGCGGGCAGUCGACAGGCGGUGCUGUCAGGCGGCCGGCGGGACAAGAGAGGGGCGGCGGGAGAGAUGGCAUGCCGCCGGCGGGGGAGGGCCGCCGGCGAGCCGCCGGCCGGCCGCGCCCAAGGGGCUUGCUGGGUGGCUUGCUGGGUGGCUGGCUGGGUGGCUGGCGGAGUAGAGGGGUCGGCGGUGUGGGUGUGGGUGUGGGCGUGGGGUGGGGGUGUGUGGGGGCCGUGUUGGCGGCCCGCCGAGGGGCGGAGGCGGGUGUGGGGUUGGAGUGUGAGGGAGCGCCAACAGGGAAAGGAGGCGCUGCGCUGGGUGCAAGGCGGCGGACGGCGGCAGGAAGUAGGAGCGCGAGGAAAUCGGGAGGCAGGGAGACUGGGCUCCGGCGGGGUGCUGCAGCGAAGUGGGGAAGUGGGGAAGAGGGGACGGCAGCGGCGUGGUGGGUGGGGUCUCAAGUUGAAGCUCAAGAUCGUCAAUACCAAGGCCAGAGCCCUUAAUAAGGAUGGCUGUACCCCUUCCAAGGCGGAGGAUUCCAAGGCACAAAACCUUUCCCUCUCUGCUAAUAAGAAAUCCGCCGCUCGAUCCAAGGAAUUUAAACAGCCUAGUAAUAAAAAAGUGGAAACGGUGGAUCCGGUCUCUUGUCCGUCGACAAGAAGCAAGAGACGGCUGUCGAGCUCUUCUGCGCAGUCAGGCGAUGGCGAACUCCAUGUCUCCUUCUUCCAUGAUUUUAUACCAUUCAGGAAAGGAAGAAGGUCGAAAGCAGGGACUAGUUCGGCGGCAGCCCCACCACAGAAGGGGCGGGGGUACAGGUCUGGGAGUGUUAGCAGUGGGCCUACGACCCCUACCAAGGGAUCGUGGUCGUUGUCCUCUCCAGUGCCGAUGGUAUGCAGCAGCAGGGGAAAGAAGCCUGGAAACGUUCAUAGCAGACGUGAGAAAGAGAAACUCACGGAGAGGGAACUCCACUUCUUCGAGUACGAGGAGAUAGAGAUCGAGCAAUAUGAUGAGGAUCAGGAGUUUGAACAGAUUCUUCAGUUGUCCGGAGAUGGAGAGGGCUGUCUUCACCACUUCAGCGAUAUUCGUCAGUACGAAGAGCUGGUGGCAGAAGAGUCGUCGCCGGCGCCGGCGUACGUUACGCAGGAGGGUGAGGAUAUCCAGGAUUUGUGGCCUUUGGAAGAUGAGCUUGGGCUGGAUGACGGUGCGCCUUUCCUCGCUGGGACCGACGGCGCACUGCAAACUCCGUACGGUGUGUUCUGGAGUGGUAGGAAACCGGGACAAGUCGAAGCGCCGAAUCCCCCGGCGGAAUCUCAACCGGCGGCGGAUUGCAUGCCCGGCGGAGUGCCGAUUGAUUUCAGCGUAGAUGAUGGUUGGCUGGCUAGCGCAGAGUUUGACGAUCAUGGGUAUCGAAUACAGGAUGCAGGCGCUGUGGACGUGACCUCCAGCACCUACAUUUUACCCGUUGUCAGCGACCGAGCGUCACCGGUCCACCACGCGGCCUAUCUUAUUCCGGAGAUAGAUGAGAAAGAACUGCAGCACUUGCCUCUAGUGGACUCGCCGUUCGCUGAUAUCGCGGACGUGGAUGCCUCUUGUGCUCUUAAUGGGUUUACUGAGGGUGAACCGCGAGCAACGCAAGGUCUCAAUGGGGUCCCGUCAAGGGAUGAUCUGCACAAGGGGAAGCCCGGGAAGGAGGGUAUCGUAGAUCAGGCGAACUUUGCCGUCGAUGGGAUCUCGGACGCGGAUGCGCCCUUCGCUGUUGAAAGGGGGCCUCAAGCAAAUGCUCACGCUGCAGGUGUUGACGGUGUCGCCGGGGAAACCAAAUCCGAGACCGUACUUGGGGGGAGCUCUGCAACCUAUGAUGACAUGGUGGUGAGAGAGGAGAAGGCUAUGGCCGAGGACACGGAUGCGAUGGGAAUGGACCCUAUGGAGAGAGCCCAACCAGGAAAUCACAACAACUCCCCGACAACAUGUACCGACUCAGGCCUUGGGCAGUGUUACGCGGCGGAGAAUCGCCAACUACACCGUCCUCCGCCGGUAAAGAGUGAGGUCUGGGAGAAAGCGAGUGCCGACGGUGGAUGCCAGAUAAAAGCGGUGGCGAGUACAGAAGACAGGGAAGCUGGCGUUGCAGUGUUAGCCACGGAGACGAAGGCGGAGUUGGAAGGGCCGGAGGCCGGAGUGUCACAGGUGUUGCCUGUGAAGACGGAGUCCAUCGAGAUGGCCAGUGCGAAAGAGGAGAAGGAUGAAUGCGGAGACAUUGAAGGUAAGGGGGCACCGACUGCGAGUGGUGAGAAGCUUUGCCCGGUCUUGAGCAGCGGCGGCUUGCAAGACCAGAAGAGAGCUUCUGAGGGGGAAACGGCACGGCCUGCUGUUUUUCCAUGUCCAAGGACCGGACAGCACGAGGUGAUGGUGCUGGCCGAGGUGGUAGCGAGAGCAGAAACAACCGAUCGGAAGGCGCCCAACUUGAAGGCAGGUGAGGCCGAGCCUUGUGAAGAGGCGACGCAUGCAGCGGGCAAGCCUGGGGUCCCAGCCUUUGCGGCUCUUGCUGAUGUACAGACGGAUUCAGCAGCGAAGGAAAGUGGAACCUGUGUUGUCGCGGCCAGUGAAACGAAGUCGAGCACCGGCUUGGGAAAAGAUGGAGAUGUGUGCGUCAAGCUGGAGGCUAUGACAGAGCGUCGGUGUGAUGUUUCACAGGAGAAAGCGGAAGGUAGCCAGAAGGGCCGGUCUGGGUCACCGGUCACAGAGAAGGACGGGGGUGCUUCAAGAGCUUCCGCUCAUGAAGAUCGUGUACAGCGUUCCGGUAGUGUGGAGCGAGCGGAAGAGAUGGCGGAUGCAAAACAGGAUCUGGAAACAGUACGGUUUAACCUGCCUUCUAUGAACGCGGAGCGCGAUAUGGAUAUGGAAUCGAAACCGAAUGAUCCUGCAGAUGAUGGUCGACGAGGAGCUUCUCCCCCCGAGUUGAGGGGAAGAGCAGAUCAUGAGGUGGCAAGCGGGGCGGUUUCGAAAAGUGGCACGGUUGAUUCCGUUGCUCGGAGUGCGACCGCAGCACGCGUCAACCAGAGGGGGGGUACAGAUGGGUCGGGAAGCAAGUUCGUUAGCUCAGAAGUGCAUGCCGUCGGACGGUCGGAAUGGGAUAGCGACGAGGAGGAAGACAGGGACCGGUACUGGGAAAGAAGCCGGAACGCUGACCGAGACAAGGACUGGGAUCAGGACGGCGAUUGGGAUCGAGCUUGGGAGCACCGGAGCCACUCCUCCAGAUCAUCUAGGGAUAGGUAUGGGCGGCCGUACGAGAGCGGACGGUCGUACGAUCGCAGCGAGUCGGGGGCACAAAGGUCCGACAGGCGGUAUCAUUAUAGCGAGCGGCGGCCGUCGUACAGGGAAGAGAGUUAUCGCUCGGAAAGGAGUUGGGAGCGGACCAGGGAGCGGUGUGGUAGGCGACGGUGGCGGGAUCAUUCGGCCGAGGAAUUGUUCGGUGUGGACCACGAGAGGAGUCAUAGCAGCAGCAGGGGCUGGGAAGCCAAGCGGCAAAAGAAGAGAGGGAAGGGCCCCAGCCAGGACUGUACAAUAUUUGUGGGAGACCUCGAUCCGUCGACAAUCGAUUACGAACUGAAUUUGGCCUUCGAACGGUUUGGCGAGAUUGUGAGGGCAAGAGUCAUAGAAGCGCAAUGCUACGGAUUCGUGACUUUCGAGUCCAGACAGUGCGCAGAGACAGCUGUGAGCCAGGGGAAAUCUGAAGAGGGGGUGUAUGUGGGUUCGCAGAGGGUGCGUGUUGCCUGGGCGCAUGGAUCGCUACCAGAUUGGAAGAUUGGGGUUGGUGGGUUCGCCUGGACAGCUCCGCUCCCGGCCAGCCCCGGAGGGCGUGAGCGGAGGUUCUCAGAUGCAAAACAAUUUCCCAUGGAAAGUGGCGGUGUCAGAGUGGUUCUUCCUCCUCCGGCGAAGGCGGGACCGAAAGCGUCUCUCAUGGCGGCCGCCGCCGCCGCUGCUGCCACUGCUGUUGCUGUCCUCUCAAGUGGUCCUGAGGUACCAUGCUUAGACCAGCAACAGCCCCUUCCACAAGGACGGCAGAUCAUCGCCUAUGAUGACUUGUUUUGACACAACUCUCGACUCGAUUCUGUGGUACUUGGAAUCGUGUGGGAGGGCUGGUUACCUGAUCGUCCGGGAGGCCUCCAAGCUCGAGGAGAGGGUGCGAGCCAAAGGGAGACGGAGACAAAGAGGGGCAGCCAGGAGUGAGCAUGCAGGAGAGAGUGAUUGGCACUCGAAACAGUUUUGUUCGCUUUAGGUACGACCGUUGUCAAGCGUCCACUCAAUCCAACAGUUUGCACUGAAGUGUGUGAACGCUCGGAUAACGAGAUUUGUUGUUGUUGAGGCGAUCUCUGUAAGAGAGUGCAUCAAUUGUGAAAUUGAUGCCCAAUUUUGGGUUCAACGUGAGAGAGGUCCUGGCAUGACGGAGAGAGAGAGAGAGAGAGAGAGAGAGAGAGAGAGAGAGAGGUGGUGGAACGGGGGGUGAAGGGGGGGAGGGGGCCGGAAUACUCGCACGCAUGUGCAUGUGUAGCAUUUGCGUCCACCAAUGUACUUGAGCGGAGUCAGUCAAGAAAGACCGACAGACGGGCUUCGGCGCCUUGAUUGGCAGGCGUCCUUGCUCUGUAGCAAGGACCGAGAGGACCUUCUGUUCAAUUGCCGGCAAUAGGUACGAGUACUUGUCAUUUGAUCUCUUCUGAUUGCACAACUCGGCUUGUAGUGAUUUGUUGUUGUGCGGUCUCACUUCAGUACAUUUUAUACUUCUCUAUUGUUGGAAGCAGUCUCCAUGUUCUCCUCGGUGCUUUCUCACACGCCUGCCACCCUCUUUUUCCCCGGGCAGCAGCCCCCCCCUUCCACAUAUCUGGAUGCCCACUUUGAUUGCAUCUUCCUCCUCUUGACAGGUGAAAGCCGAUCCAAGAUCGGGUGGGGGAUAGGACGAGAGCGGGGGGAGGAACAAUGGCGAGAAGCGCAAUGGAUUCUCUGCAUGGUCCUUGCUCUUGGCGGGCUUAGUCGUCUUUCCUCGGUGCUUACGGGCUUGCCGGCCUCUUCUUCCCUGGGCGCCAGCCCCUUCCACAGCCUCUGGUUGUCCACCCUAAUUGCAUCUGCCUGGUCAUGCCUUAGACGACAAGGCAGAUGCAAGGCGUGGUGGGGGGUAGGAGGAGGAUGGAGAGGAACAACAAUUGUGAGAGGUGGAGGGUUUCUCCACAUGCUCCUCUACUUUGCCGGCAGCUUAUUUGUCUUCUAGUAGGUGACUUGCCGAAGCAACUGCAGUCUUCAUCGAUGCCAUCUCUUUUCGUUUCCGUUUCUUUUCUUUUUUUUCUUUUUACGUUCCCCUUUCUGUGUCAAACCACAGGAUAUUUGCAUGGACGGUAUAAUAGGGUAAUGUCAAGGUUAUGACUUGUCCUGAUUCUAGAACGAGGCGCUCGUGGUAUAGAAAGGUAAGGUGGGUGUAUUUUGCUUUGUUUCUUUGUGUGUGUGUGUGUGUGUGUGUGUGUGUGUGUGUGUGUGUGUGUGUGUGUGUGUGAUUUCUUUUCUGGUUCGUGCUGCUUUGCUUUCAUUGCCUUUGAGUUGUUUGUGUUUUCCGUUUUUCGCCGUCUUUUUCGGUUCCUUCUUUCUUCGGGUUGCGCGGCAGCUCAUGACAGGGGACUUUCCUAGAUAGGCAUAAUCUCGUUGAGAUGGGAUUAAGGAUUUUCCUAGUUAGGCAUGAUCUCAUUGAGAGAUGGGAUAAGAGUGUAUGUACAACUGCGAAUUGAGAGGAAGAGGCUUCAAAGCAGAGGUUUUUUUUUUUUUUUUUUGUGAUAUGGUUGCCAAUUAAUUUUGAAUUUUGGGGUGAAUUCCCCCUGAGAAUCCAUUGUGUCAAAUUUUCAGUUUUGCAUUACAAAUAGAUAUGGAUUUUCUGGUAUUUUCAGUUUUGCAGUUUUGCCCCCUUCGCAUCCAUUCUGAAAUAAACAUCGGCGGGCUGC